GGGGAGCAGCCGUAAAGGCAGACGAAGCUUUGCUGGCUGACUUGCCCACCAUGGACCCCUUCUUCCCGGGCCAUGGACUAGUACAUGGAAGGUUGGGGACCACAGCUGUGCAGGGAACCACACCUCCCUCUGAGCAUUCUCCUUCUCUGCAGAUCUCCUAGUGUGUCAUCAUUUAUUGUCUACAUGUCCAUUUCUGGCUGUCUGUGCAGCUCUUGAACGCAGGGAUCCCCAGUGCUAGCAUCAGAUGUGCUAAUGCCUAGAGUGUGCUUGGCACACACAUGGCCAAUGAAGUCGGUGCUGUGGAACUGGUGCUCCAAAGACCACAGCGAACUGCACGUGUCUGGAUGCGAGUCCCACGGGGCUGCAGCACCGGUGGAUAAAGACAAAGGGGUGGCACCUGCCUCGAGGUGAUCUCCACUGCUGCCUCCCUGCUCCUGAUCCCAGAGAAGGGGCUUGGUUUCCACUCUCAGGCCUUCCUGAAGUAGGAACAGAAUGAGUCCCACUUGCAUUGUUCCGGCUGUUGCUCCAGGCUGUGUGUAUCUGGGGGAUUCAUUUCGUUUCCAAAACAGGCUUAUGAAGCAGGGAGGAAGAGGGGGAGUCUUACAGAGAUGAAGCAACUGGCCUGAGAGCAAAAUUGGGGUUUGAUCCCAGAUCGGCUGUCUCCAAAGCAGGGCUGAGGUGCGAUGGUUUGGUGUGGCGCUUCUCCAAGGAGCUAUAAGAUUUUUCUGUCAAGUCGAUGCUGCAGUGGAGGUUUGAUUUAUUUCUCAAUUGCUAAAUAAAAUUAGAGUGAUAGGUAGAGUGCCAUAUGACAAAGGUGGCUUCCCUUACGUAAAUGCCAUAGACAAAGGAGUCAGGAGACUGGACUCUGAGCUGCUGGUGGGUGAGGCUGCAGCCUCGCUCAUUGCCUGAAAAACAGUAAAUGAAAUUUAAGAUGAUGUUGAACGAGUGAGAAGGUGGCUGUGUAAAUAUUACAGAAAAAUGGGUCUGGGAGAUGUCACUAUUCAAGCUAGAAGAUUGUGAAUUUCUGUGAGUGCAUUAAAAUCAUUUCUACUAUUCUUUUCAAAUUUGAAAGUGACUCAGAUUUUCCUGCACUUUUGAGAUUUCUGGAGACUGAAAAUUUCAAAGGGAUUGAAGAGGCUGGGGUUUUGGGGAUCAGUCCUUCUGACCCGGAAACAUUUUAAGUGGAAAGUUAGCUUCCCUAAGCCAUCGACACUGUGAUUGCUACUUGUAAGUUUCUUCAGUUUGGGGAUUACUUCUGCUUUGCAGAAAUUAUCUGUGUGGACAUGCAUAAUUUAUAACAAUCUCUGGUGAAACCUCAGAAAAGAAGAUACGUGUGUGUUGCAGAUGGAUGUCUGAGGCUGCGUCAGAACCCAGUGGAAACGCUCCCUGGGUGGCACGAGCCUGUGUGAGCCGCAACUCAGAGGGACAGCCUUUUGGGGCUUCCUUCUCCAGAAGAGUGGGACACGGUUAAAAAGGAAAAAGGAGACGUGAGCAGCACAGAGUUGCCAAAGAAAUAGGAGAGGGAGAUCUUCUGAGAACGCAGGGCCUGGCCGGGCUCCAUGCUCUCGUCCACAGGAGGAGAUGGCCCAAGAAGUGAACCUGGAUUCUCUGAAGGAGCUGGAACGCGAGGCCAUUCUGCAGGUCCUGUACCGAGACCAGGCCGUCCAAAGCCUAGAGGAGGAGAGGAUACGGAAACUGCAAACGCAGCUGCAGCAUCUGCGGUGGAAGGGGGCGAAGAGCAUCAGCCAGGAGUGCACAGAGAAGUCCUGCGCCCGCUGCCAGAGGCUGCUGGGGCUUCUGCUGCACCGGGGCGCCGUGUGCCAGGGCUGCAGCCACCGCGUGUGCUCCGAGUGCCGCGUGUUCCUGAGGGGGACGCACGUCUGGAAGUGCACUGUGUGCUACGAGGACAGAAAUGUGAAAAUAAAAACUGGACAGUGGUUCUUUGAGGAGCGAGCCAAGAAAUUUCCAACUGAAGGCAAACACGAGACAGUGGGAGCAAAGCUCUUGCAAUCUUAUCAGAAGCUGAGCAAAAUUUCUGUGGUUCCUCCUACGCCACCUCCCCUCAGCGAGAGCCAGUGUGGCAGCAGCCCUGGCAGGUUACAGGAACUUGGUCAGUUUAAAGGAUUUAAUAAGUCCGUGGAAAAUUUGUUUCUAUCUGUUGCCACCCACAUAAAAAAGCUUUCCAAGUCCCAGAAUGACAUGACUUCUGAGAAGCAUCUCCUGGCCACAGGCCCCAGGCAGCGUGCAGUCAGGACAGAGAGACGGAGCCAGUCUGACACUGCUGUCAACGUCACCACCAGGGUCCCCACACUAGAUGUUCUGAAGUCUCUCAAUCCAGAGGACUCCAAAAGUGCUACUCUCCCUGUUUUGAAGCAAGGAAAUCUCUCAACCAGUCUGACGCCCCACAGGUCUUUCUCUGGAGGUUCAAGACACGGAAGUUUAAUUAGCAUUAACAGCACUUGUACAGAGAUGGGCAAUUUUGACAAUGCUAAUGUCACCGGAGAAAUAGAAUUUGCCAUUGGUUAUUGCUUCAAAACCCAUUCUUUAGAAAUAUGCAUCAAGGCCUGUAAGAACCUUGCCUAUGGAGAAGAAAAGAAGAAAAAGUGCAAUCCGUACGUAAAGACCUACCUGCUUCCUGACAGGUCUUCCCAGGGAAAACGCAAGACUGGAGUCCAAAGGAACACGGUGGACCCGCACUUUCAGGAGACCUUGAAGUAUCAGGUGGACCCUGCCCAGCUGGUGACCCGGCGGCUGCAGGUCUCUGUGUGGCACCUGGGCACGCUCACCCGGAGAGUGUUUCUUGGAGAAGUGAUAAUUCCUCUGGCUGCAUGGGACUUUGAAGACAGUGCAACACGGUCUUUCCACUGGUAUCUGCUCAAGGCCAAGGCCGAGAAACAUGAAGAUGGCAUUCCUGAGAAUAAUGGCGAACUCACAGUCCGGGCUAAGUUGGUCCUCCCUGCUGGGCCCAGAAACUUGCAGCAGGCUCAAGAAGGGACAGAUCAGCCACCACUUAAUGGUCAACUCUGUUUGGUAGUGCUGGGAGCCAAGAAUUUACCUGUGCGGUCGGAUGGUACCUUAAAUUCAUUUGUGAAGGGCUGUCUCACUCUGCCAGACCAACAAAGACUGAGACUGAAGUCCCCAGUCCUCAAGAAGCAGGCUUGUCCCCAGUGGAAACACUCCUUUGUCUUCAGUGGUGUGACGGCGUCGCAGCUGAGGCAGGCGAGCCUGGAGUUAAGUGUCUGGGACCAGGCUGUCUUUGGGGUGAACGACCGCCUGCUGGGGGCAGCCAGACUCGGGCCAAAGGGAGAUGCACUUGGUGGUGCAGACUCAUGUGCACAAUCGAAGCUUCACUGGCAGAAAGUUCUUUCCAGCCCCAAUUUGUGGACUGACAUGACACUCGUCCUGCACUGAGGUGAAGGCUCCACAGCUCCGGGCUAAACAGGUGUGAAGAGAGGGGCUAAGAACUGGGUGUGGGGCCGCAGCUGGGAAAGACUCCCGGAUGCAGUCUCCACCUACGGUCCUGCUGGGUGGCUAAGACACCUAUUGUUAACUCUGUAUUUAAAUUAAACAGCCAUGUUACAUAAACCAGUUGUGUGUUCUCUGGGAAAUGACCAGAUUUCAAUAAACGUUCCGAUCACUGUGUUGAGUGGUGACAAAUAUAGCUUUGUCAUAUGCACUGACAAGGAAGAGCCUGGUGAGAAUGAUCCCUCCUCUCCUGGGGGCAGUUGUUUCCAGAGCUGGCUGGCUGGCCUGUGGGGUGAUUGGGGACCAGGCAUGGCCCAAGGACUCAGGCCAUGCCUGCUCCCCCAGCACAGAGCUCGGGCCCCACCCCAUCCACAGAUGCACAGAGCUCCCAUUUUGAUGCCUGCGGUGGGGAAUUCUCCUGCUCAUGACAAUGAAAAGGUGAGCGCGUGUGGAAAGGACCUGAGUAGAACCAACGGUGUGUGGAAGCCAGCAUCCUCCUGGCUCUACAGCUGUGGGAGACAGAGCAGGGUUUUCUGCAGAAAUGCAGAGGGUUAAGGACAGUCCCUUCACGGCUUGAGUCUAAAUGGCCAUAAUAGUGUUGUGUUUUUCAAACAAGUCAAUUACAUGCACAAAUACUAAAAAAAAUCAUUUAAAAAAAUCGUUUUUACAGAUAUGAAUAUAGCAGUUAAUCAGCUUAUCACUGCCCUCACAUCAAUCAAGUGCUGUGGUUGCAUGGUUUGUAAUAUGUAAUUCCUUUAUUAUUCUGUAAAAGGUAACAAAAUAUACAGAACAAAACUUUCCCUUUUUAAAACUAAUGUUACAAACCCAUAUUGUCACUUAUAAAUACUACACUCUACAGCUGAUCAUUAAUUAGGCAUGUAAGUCCAACAAUGUGUCCUUCUAACUGAUAAGCAGAAAACCAAAAAGGAAAAAAAAACUUAAAAAGUUGAUCCAAGCGUGCCCUCCCUCGGCCCAUGCUGAGCGAGCCACGGCUCUGCCACCAGCUGCACGCACUGA